AUGUUUCUAGACAGCACUCGUUCGACCCACCUACGACAAAUAACUCCGCAACGUUUCGAGACAGACCGGUUUCGACCCGGCACCCUUAACACGCGUGCUUCGCCCGUUCUUCUCCUGGACAACAGCCAGGACGACGCCCGCAGAGAGCUGGCGGCAGAGAUCCGCGAGAACGAGGUCCAGCCGCAGAAGCUCCGCGCAGACGCCGCAGAGAGAGAUCUCUCCGAGCUCCGGCAAGCCGCCCACGGCUGGCUUUCCGCCGCCCACGCCUUGAAGCUGGAGGCUGUGGCAGAGGCUCGGGAGAGCGGCUUCGCGGAAGGGCGCGGGGAUUUGCUGGGGAAGUUGGAGCGCUCUCACCGGGAGCGCCUAGCGCUGAGUGAGGAGGUGCUAGUGGCGCGUACAGAGGCGGUCGAUGCGAUAGCGGCGAUGGGGGAGGCUGGGGCAGCGGCGUUGGUGAAGUCCCGCGACGUUUGGAGGGCGGAGGGGCGCGCGGCGGCAGAGCAAGAGCUACUAGCGGGGGAGGAUGUGGCGUCGGAGGUUCGGGAAGCGUUUGCGGCGUAUGUUGUGAGCGCGCACGAGCAGAGGCUUGCCGCGGUGGCGCGGGAGAGGGAGCGGGCGGGGGAGGCGGCCCGAGAGCUUUCGAGGGAGCUCGCAAGGGCGAACGAAAUGCUGGCUGCGUUGUCGAAGGGCGGGGCGGCGGCGGCAGCGGCGACGGCGGUUGCGGCGGCGGCGGCGGCGGUGAAGCUGGCGACGAGCUCGUCGUUCUGGCAGGAGUGCGGCGGGGGACAGAAGUGGUGA